GUGAGUCAAAUGCCGGGGUGUUAACUUCCGGUUUGUCUGCUAGGAGGAAAAGACCAAAGUUUGCAUAUUACUGCUAAAUCCAUCACCAUCUGCCAUGGAUAAAGAUGGGAGGAAAGUUGUUGUCUGUGAUAAUGGCACAGGAUUUGUCAAGUGUGGUUUUGCUGGUUCCAACUUUCCAGCGCACAUUUUUCCAUCAUUAGUUGGUCGUCCCAUUAUCAGAUCUACAGCUAAAGUGGGAGAUAUAGAAGUCAAGGAUCUGAUGAUUGGAGAUGACGCAAGUAAACUUAGAUCCAUGUUAGAAGUAAAUUACCCCAUGGAAAAUGGAAUAGUUAGGAACUGGGAAGAUAUGUUACAUUUGUAUGACUACACAUUUGGACAAGAAAAGCUGAAUAUAGAUCCCAAAGACUGCAAAAUUUUAUUGACAGAACCACCAAUGAAUCCAACGAAAAACAGAGAAAAAAUGGUGGAGACCAUGUUUGAGAAAUACCAGUUUCACAGUGUAUAUGUAGCUAUCCAGGCUGUAUUGACAUUAUAUGCUCAAGGUUUACUAACUGGAGUUGUUGUAGAUUCAGGUGAUGGUGUUACACAUAUAUGUCCUGUUUAUGAUGGCUUUGCCUUGCCACAUUUAACAAGACGUUUAGACAUAGCUGGUAGAGAUAUAACUAGAUAUUUAAUAAAGUUAUUGUUACUAAGAGGCUAUGCCUUUAACCACUCAGCAGACUUUGAAACAGUGAGAAUGAUGAAAGAAAAAUUGUGUUAUGUAGGAUAUGAUAUAGAACAGGAACAAAAAUUAGCUUUAGAAACAACAGUACUUGUAGAAACCUAUACACUGCCUGAUGGAAGAGUAAUUAAAGUUGGAGGAGAAAGAUUUGAAGCUCCCGAAGCAUUAUUCCAACCUCAUUUAAUUAACGUAGAUGGAGUGGGCGUGGCCGAACUUUUAUUUAAUACAAUUCAAGCAGCAGAUAUAGACACUCGACCUGAUUUUUAUAAACAUAUUGUGUUAUCAGGGGGUAGUACUAUGUACCCUGGAUUACCCAGCAGACUAGAGAGAGAACUUAAACAAUUAUAUUUGGAACGAGUGCUGAAUGGAGAUACAACUAGAAUAUCGAAAUUCAAAAUAAGAAUUGAAGAUCCUCCAAGAAGAAAACACAUGGUGUUUUUAGGUGGUGCAGUAUUAGCAGACAUUAUGAAAGAUAAAGAUAAUUUCUGGAUCACUAGAGCUGACUAUCAGGAGGAGGGGUUACGUGUGCUGAAUAAACUCACAGGGCCAACGAAAUAAACAUUCCAAUCAUCUCUUAGCAACCAAAAAAUGAUCAAAAGUUCAUAUCAUAGAGAUACCAGACGUUAAGUGAAGCUGAGCAAGGUUGAUUGUUAUUUGCAAGCAUCGUGUACAUUUUAUGCUACAUCUGCUUGUUUCAGACAUAAGUAUUUCAUGUGGAUACACCUUAUUGCUAUUUGGAAAUCUUCACCGCUUGACCCGAGAAUCUGGGCUGCUUGAACUAUUGACGUCAUAGAACAAUCACUUUUCAAUUGUGGUGUCAGUUAUUUUCUAUUGUGACGUCAAAAUUUUACGGGAACCUUUGUGAUGUCCAGUAAUGGCAGACAAAUAGCGAUAAGGUGUAUUAGCAUGGUGAACAAUAUUUUUCCAUAUUUGUUUAUGCGAUAGUUAGAUUUUAUAUGUUGUUAGUUGUAGGGUGGAAUUGAAAAUGUUUAACAGUCAGAUUUUUGAAAAUAAAUUUGAUCAUUAAACAUUUUCCACUUUGUGAAUUUUAUUGAAUUUUACUUGCAACUUAAGUUACUUGUUCAAGCACAAAGAAGCUUAUAUUUUAUACAGCAUUAUUUCAUCUAUAUACAUCUAACAUACAAUCAGCUUUGCUUAGCUUUAUUAAUACUUUGAUAUGAAAAUAGUUACAUGUAUUUCAUUGUCACUCUUGGUGCAGAUUUCCGAAAAUGUUUCAGAUUAUAACAUAAUGUUAUUAUGUGGAUUCAAUACUAUUCUUUUGAUUCUAAUUUCGGUGGAUUACGUUAGUUUAGUUUAACCACAAAUUUAAACGUUCAACCAAAUAAAAAUAAUAUUGACUUUCAAACUGAAGUUGUGAAAACCAUGAAAUCAAGUAUCCACAAAAGUUCAAUUUGUCCAGAAUCCACGAAAAUUUGUAUCCACAGAAAAAGAUGAAUCCACAGUGUAUUUAUGAAUAGUGUAAAAGUUAGCAAAUAUAUAAUCCAAAGAAAACUUGAUGGCUGACAGUGUUCUCCCAUGCUUUUUCAAAUAGUAUUAUGGGAUUUGAAACAGCAUUGUUGUUCUGAAGUUGUAAGUACAACAUUUAUAAUGCAUUCUAUUUCAAAAUCUAAGCAGAUCGCACCAUGGUUAAUAUAUAACACUAUGGUACCAUGAUGCUGUAAGGCAUUUUGGGGAGAACACUAUAGGAGAAAUACAUAUACUCUUAUCACUACUAUAGCAAUUUCAUUUUGGGUACCUUUUGAAAAUAUGAUAUUAAUUCACGCAUACUUCAUGAGACUGAUUGAUUCAAUAGUAAUCGGGGUUCAUCACAGGGUUUUCUGCUUGGAUUGUUACUAGUCACAUCCAUUUAGUGCCACCUUUUGAAUAUGUGUGUGACUCUUGAAAAUUGAGAUAUAAGAAACUGGAAAAAAACGCAAGUUUAAAAUUCGGAUCACUGGUGAAAGUUUUACAGUAAGAUGUAAUAGUGUCUGAUCCUUUUAUGACCUUUUAUUAUUUUCCCUUUGAUGAACCCUGAUAAAUGUAUGAAUGAAUUUAAAUAUGUUUUGCAUGAUUUUCCUUGGUAUUUUUGUAUAAUUAUGGAUGGAUGGCAUAACUUAAUUAAAUGAGGGCUUAAUUUUGAAGUCUGACAUUUUUUUCUGUUGAAUUUCGAAUAAAUUUUGCACUUUGUUUGAAAUAAUCAAGCAAAUGUUUGUAAAAUAUUAUCAAAAGAUAAAUGAUAAUUAAACAAAAUUAUAGUAACAAGAAACUCAGAAUAUGUAGUUAUCUGAAAUUGAUAAAUUAACAGUGUUAACAAAGUAGAAACGCAAUAUUUCAGACGUUUUUGAAACAUAUAAUACUUGUUAACUAGAAUUGAAAUGAAUGAAAGUACUGUAAUAAGAUGCUACCAUUCCAAGGAGUUUACAAAUAUUCUCUGGCAAUCUAUUUUAUGACCUUUAUAUAUUUUUUUAAUGUGUAUUUGUUCUGUUGAAGUCUGAUUAUUUAUAGAAUUAAGUCUUGUAAUUGUUUAAAUCAUGUGUUCUUUUAAAAUUACAUGAUGUUCCAUGUAAGUCUUAAAUUUAUUUCUUUGAUUGAUUAAAUGACUUUUAACUUUCUUGAAGAGAGCACAUAUACCUUUUUGUAAUCUUUUUUAUAUGCACCUGUAAAAAGCAGCAUAGAAUAUAGUAAGCAAAGAAAUGAAGAAAAAUAAAUGUUAUCAGUUAAUUUGCUUUUGAACAAUUUAACUGUAGCAUAUGUAGCUUUUAUGCUUUAUGAAAUAUUUAAAGGUACAAGACCUAUGAAUUUGUUGAAUGUAAAAAAAAAUUAAAGAAUUGUUUGAAUAUGCUCUUUUGGUUCAACUUUCAACGAAUCAAGUGCACCUUUUGAUUUAUUUCUAGAUAUAGAAAAUUUAUCCUUUUAGUCUUUAUGUUGACGGCAAAGGAAAAUUAAAUGCCAGUAUAUAAGAUCAGAUUUUUAUUAUUGAGGAGGGAUGUUUUCACACAAUAGUAUAAUAUAUAGAAGGUGCUUUUUUGUAUGAUUUUCCAUGUCUCAUUAUGUAUAUUAUUAUAUUGUAAGAUAUUGUGUAUGCAAUGAUUAUGUAUAGGAUAAUAGUACUAUUGAUAAAAUGUCUUUCAAAUAAAUUUUAACAGUGA